AUGCCACUGUGCGGAAGCUCCUCCAGAUCACCAGCAUUCGGCCGCGGCCGCCCACUGCAGAGGAAGGUAGUCGUGUGCGGGGAUGGUGCCUGUGGCAAAACAUCUCUGCUUAAUGUCUUCACGAGGGGCUUCUUCACCCAAGUAUAUGAACCCACUGUUUUUGAAAAUUAUGUACAUGACCUAUACGUUGACGACCAACUCGUGGAAUUGAGCUUGUGGGACACCGCUGGGCAAGAAGAGUUCGACCGUCUGCGGUCCCUCAGCUAUGCGGAAACGCACGUCGUCAUGAUAUGCUAUUCCGUCGACAACCCGACUUCUCUAGAAAACGUAGAAUCCAAGUGGAUAGACGAAAUUCUAGAAUACUGCCCCGGUGUCAAAGUACCCCUGAAAUGCGACCUGCGAGACGACCGCGCAGUCAAAGAACGACUUUCACGAUACGGUAUUCAGCCCGUGCAGUACGAGGAAGGCCUUUCUGUCGCACGUCGAAUACGAGCUUCUCGCUAUCUUGAAUGCAGCUCAAAGCAUAAUCGCGGCGUGACAGAAGUAUUCUACGAGGCCGCGCGCGUCUCGCUCACAACACGCGCAAAGGGCGCCGGCGGCUACACCGGCAAGAAUGGGGGCUGUGUCGUCAUGUAA